AACCUUUGAAAUUUUUGAAUUAAAAACAAACAGUGACUAAAAUAAAUUAUGGACUUAAUAUAAUAAAAAUAGAGUUAUAUGAUACUCAAUAUUUAAAAAAUCUGACGAAAUACAGAUUUGUAAACAUGCUCUCACUUUUUAAAAAAGUUUUUAAAUUUAAUUCUUCGAAAAGUACUGAAACCUCUCUUUGUACUAAGUCAUUGCUUUUUGUGAUAAUUGCUAAUGUUUUAGAAGAUGUUUUGUUUUGGAAAAAGACGUGGUUAUCUUUGUUGUUCAUCUUUUAUUUUCAUCUUAUUUUCUUAGUGUGCUUUUAUCGUCAAUUUGAUCUAUUUCGUAUGGUAUGUGGAUUAUCUAUUUUCAUUAUAAUUAUUGAUGCCUUGGAAUCAUGGCUAAGGUACAAACAUAGAACAACUUGUCUCAAGCGUUUAGCACAACAAAAUGACAACAAUAAAUUAUCAUCUAUUUUGAUUCAAACAUACUCAUGGAUGCAGAAUCAAAUGUUUUACUUAUUGGACCUGCGUGGGAAUAAUCCUACCAAAACAUUUUUAAUAUUGGAAAUAGUUUUUGGUACAAUUUUCAUGACUGGCAGAUACAUAAGUGGAUAUACAUUGAUGUACAUUUUCUUUAUGCUACUGAUGACUUUAAAUAAAACUUUGCCUCCUUUGUCUAUACUGAUAAAAAAAAUUCGACAACCAGCAGAAUCUGAAUUUGAAUUGGAAGGUCUUUUGCCAGAUGCAACAGCUGCUAAUUUAGAUCUACUCUCUAUUGAAGCUGAAAUUAAACCACUAUAUGAUGACAAACAGAGCUUAGAUUGUUGGAAACCUGAAGAUUUACCUACAGAUGAUGUAAGUGAUAGUUCAGAUAAUAGUAGCUCUCUAGUAACAAAUUUAUCCAUGGAAAAAUUACAGACAUUAGGCAACGGUGAAGAAUCAGACUCCAGUGAAGAUGAAUAUAUUCCACAGGGUGUACAUCCUGAACAGUAUAGGACAUCAAUGGAGGUACAACCUGUUGGUACAUGGAGCAGUUCUGCAUUCAAUGUUAUAUCUUCCUUAGGAGGGGCUGUAGCAAAUAUAGUAUAUAGUUCCAAUGAAGAAAAGAAAAGAAAAAGAGUAUCAAGUAUUGAUUCAUCUGAUGGGUUUGAAAUGGUAGAUAAAAAUGAUUUUAUGUAAAUGGAUAAUUAAUAUCUGUAUAUAUUUAUUUUAAAAGUACAAUAAAAUAGGGUGGUUCAAAAAUUUA